ACCCAAGCCCCCCGACCUGUGAUUUGGCUUAAACUACGGAGUGCGAAGUGCGAACUACGAAAGCUGAAUGCCCAAGCUCUAAGCUAUAAAAACAUCUCUCUCUGUAAGCAGUACCUUUGGGCUUUCAGAGCUCGAGUUCCGAUUCCAUCAAGUACAAUCCUCACGGUCGUGGCAAUUUCCAGUGCUCUUCUGCUAAUGAAAGUCCCCUAAUCCCUUCCCAAGUUCUCAAUCGAUGAAAUUUUCGAGCAGGAGAAGGGCUAUCUUUACCCGCUGUUGAUUAUUCUCCGAGAACCCUCACCCUCAUUUUUUUUAGCAGGUGUCUUUGGUGUUAAAAAAUCUCCUUUGUGCGUCACUUAUCUGGAGAGUCAAUGGGUAGUUCAUUUAAUCCUCAGAUUUUAGUGGAAAAGCUUGCCAAGCUCAACCCUUCACAGGCAAGCAUAGAGACUUUAUCACAUUGGUGCAUUUUCCAUAUGAAUAAAGCAAAGCAAGUUGUAGAAACAUGGGAAAAACAAUUUCAUUGCUCUCCACGUGAGCAAAGAUUGGCUUUUCUGUAUCUUGCAAAUGACAUUUUGCAGAAUAGUCGUCGUAAAGGUUCAGAGUUUGUUGCUGAAUUUUGGAAGGUUCUUCCAGAUGCUCUCCAUGAUGUAAUUGGAAAUGGGGAUGAGGUUGGAAGAAAUGCUGCGCUAAGGCUGAUUGGCAUAUGGGAAGACAGAAAAGUUUUUGGUUCCCGUGGGCAAAUUCUCAAGGAAGAACUUGUGGGAAAGCACUCAGAUAGUAGUAACAGAAAUGGAAAGACUAUAGGCUUCAAACAGAAACAGCCUCCUGGAAUUUCUGGAAGUACACUAGACAAGAUAAUUGCAGGUUAUCAAGUCGUUCAUGGUGGCCAGGUGGAUGAAGAUAUUAUAAUAAACAAAUGUAGGAAUGCUAUUAGCUCUCUUGAGAAAGCUGAGAAGGAAAUUGGUGUCAAUAUUAAUUCAGGACAAUUCCAUGAAGCUUCAUUUGUGGAAGAGCUGCAAGGGCAGCACGUUAUUUUGAGGGACAGCAUUGAAAAACUGAGAGUCAUUGAAUCAUCAAGGGCAAGUCUCGUGUCUCAUCUGAGAGAAGCUCUGCAGGAGCAGGAAUCCAAGCUGGAACAAAUUCGCAAUCAACUUCAGGCUGCUCAGUCCCAGUCAGAACAUGCUAGUAAUGUCUGCCAGCAGUUGCUGCGUUCCAAUACUGUGCAGUUAGUUGCUGAGCAAGGUUUGAAGGAAGUAAAAACUUCCAUUGCAUCUCAAAGCUUUAUACCUGGAGACAGGGAACAAUCCGCUCCAGCAAUGUAUGCACGGCAGGUAUCUUUCCCUGAAAAAACUGGCCAAAUUGAGGAAGAUCCCCGUAGAUCUGCAGCAGCUGCAGUGGCAGCAAAAUUAACUGCAUCGACAUCCUCAGCCGAGAUGCUUUCUUAUGUCCUCUCUUCACUUGCAUCUGAAGGUGUCAUUGGCAAUCCAAUAAAAGAAUCAUCUGGUGAAUACCCCUCUGAAAAGAGGGCUAAGCUCGAGAAAGACCAGCCUUAUAUACCAACCCAAAAUCCCCCACAGCAACCACUCGCUCCUUUCCAACAUCCUGAAUCUUUCCAAGUGGCAAACACUGGUCAGCAAUUAACUUCAAAUGAUCCACCACCUCCCCCAUCAUCACCUCCACCACCGCCUCCACUACCACCUAUGCCACCAUAUUCAAUUCCCCAGUACAUGCAGACUGCUGGAUCAAUAAAUGCUGUGCCAUACGGCUACAGCAUGUCCCAGCAGCAACCACCUUCCUUGCCUGGGUACUCGGGAGUCGGAACUCAAAUGACUGGUAUUGCACCCUUUACAUUGCCCCCAUCAAAUUCAUACGCAAGUUAUCAGGGUUCAGAUGGUAAUUUGUACAGCCAACCAUCAUCGUUGCCAAUUUCCCGGCAAUAGAAUUUUUUAUGGCUGCUUGCAGUGGAGAAGGUUUUGCCAAGGAAACAUGAGAGAUUUCAGAAAACUAAUGUAGCUUUUUAGUUACCCAUGUGCCUUUGAUCAUACAUAUAAUUAGAUUUGCACAUAGUAAAUGUUUGUAACUUAUAAGUCAACUGCUGGCGUUUCAACAAUUUCUAUGGAUUGUUCAAUUGAUAAAUAUAUAUGAAUUGAUUUAGUUAGACUCU